UAGGGCCUUGCUUUGAUAUCGUUUUGUUGAGAUCAGCAUGAGCACGGCAAAAAUAUUGGAGAAGCUGCCACAGGACUUCAUCAUCGGCUUUUUAAACGGCUAUUUUAGAGACCACUUCCCUGAACACAACAUGGAUGGACAAGGAGAUGGAUGGCACAAUGGUCCCAAUAGCUUCCGUAUGCCAAUCCCAAGAGGACUUCGGCCACCCAAUGAUGAACCAAACAUGGAAUUCAUUGCAAUCCUGGACUUCAUCGUCAAUCAAGAGAUCAUCUUUGUAAACCAGCCCGAGCAGUGGGAUCUGGGCAAUAACAAUGACAAUGACAAUCCCAACAAUGUGAACAUGGAACACAACAAUGUGGUCAUUGAAGACAUCGUCGAUAAUCCUGGUGAUGAAGCUCCACUGGAUGAUGCUGUUGGGGCUGAGGUUCGCACGGAAGGCAACCCGCCUUUGGAGGAAAUCGAGCCUUUGUCUGAACAAUCAAGGAGCCAGUCUCGAGCAGAAGAGGAUGAAAUUACAAGCAGUGAGUGUACAAGGUUGCCUAUCCUGGACUUUGAUGAUGCCAACCCUCAGCCAGGACCUUCCAGGAAGAGGUCAGAAGAUGGUGAUGAUGAACGGUUCUUUCAACAGAACAGUUCUGAGAGCAGUACAGACUCGGAUGUAUUUGAAGCAAAGCUUCUACUUGGUAGAUGUAAGAAACACCUGAGAAACGACUUGGUUGCACAAGAGGAAGAGGGGGUGAUGGACUUUUCUGAAAUACCUAAAAGUGUGAGCAAUAGCGAUAAAGCUGAAGAAGGAUCAGACUGUGAGGAGAGGUUAAAAGAUCUGAUCACACAAGAAGCAGAGCAGGAUUCACCAAUAAGAACCAAGUCAGAAGGUCAGCAUUUCCAGUGGUGGCCCGGAUGUGAUGACAACAGCUCUGAGAACAGUGCUAACCUAGAAGGUCCUGAAGAAGUCUCUGCGUCUGGUGGUUCCAUCUGUCAAAGAGAUGACUUGCAUUCAGAAAAGUUCAAGACAACGUUAAGACUGAACAAAGUUUCAAUAAACCCUGAAUGCAACUGUUCAAGUUCUUACAAGGCUGAGACCGAUGGACUUUCCGAGGGUCCAGAUGAAGACCCUCUGCCUGGACCAUCUAGGCUAUCAAGAACGGAUGCUGGACACCAAUUCGACAUGACAAGCAGCAAUCGUUUGCAGUGGUGGCGACAAUUUGGUGGUAACAGUUCAGACAGCAGCACUGACUUGGAGGAUAGCCAGCAAGUAUUUCAGACGAUACCAUCGAGGAAGAGAGCUGUAGAUGACGAUAAGGAGGAAGAUGGAAUGAGAAGUAACAAACGUUUCCGUGUAACAUUUUGGCAUGAUUGCAAUUCCGAUAGUGGAACUGACGCGGAAGACUGCAAUGGCUCAAGAAAUGUUGUGGAUCCUUUCGAUACCAAAGGAAAGAAAAGAUUAAAGUGGCGAGAUGAGUUUCCUGGAAAACACAAAUGUGGUAAUUCUUCUUCUCACGGUAUCGAAAAUGGUUCCCACGAAUCAACAGUUGGUUUGAGCGACCAAGAUGCUGAUGAUGCCCCACUCCAUGCUCCAUCCAAGGAUAGCUCAUGGCAACUUCAGAAGAGAAGCCUGAAAAGUUCCCAAGUAGGACACGAAUAUGACAACAGUUCUGACAGCGCCGACUCCGGCCAAGAGGAACCUCACAAAUUAAGUCUGCGGGACAAUCUGGCACGUUUGAGUUUGAGCGACCAGAGGACAAUAGUCAAUUUUCAGGAGGGAAGAACUCAGAAAAAAAGCUCCAGCAAUCUGGAGGCGGAAGAGGGCUCACCACCAACGCAGACGACUGAGAACUUGAGUGAGGAAGAAGAGACUAGUGGCAAGAAAUGA